CAAAGUGUCCAAAAAUAAACAAUCUUUUUAUAGAAACGCUCGAAUUUCCAGCUCGGGAACGUUCCAGAAACCAUUCGGAGAAGUUAUAAAUGUCCCGUGGGAUCAGUCAACAAGGUGAAACGUGACUUAACCUGUAAACGAUGUGCAACACAACCGACGAGGCGAGCAAAUGCAAGGAGGAAGGCAACGAGGCCUUCAAAGCCGGCAAAUGGAACGAGGCCGUCAAACUGUACACCAAAGCCAUCAACUUAACGGCGACCGAGACCAAGGAGUUAGCCAUUUAUUUGAAAAACCGGGCGGCCGCUUACCUGAAACUGAACAGACAUGAAGAGGCUUUGGAGGACUGUGAUAAGAGUCUGGAGAUCACACCCAACGACCCCAAGGGGCUGUUUCGACGGUGUCAGGCUUUGGAGGGUUUGAAACGCUAUGAAGAGGCAUACAGGGACGCGACACAGAUAUUCAAAGAUGACCCCACGAACAAAGCCAUACAACCUGUGCUGGAACGCCUGCACAAAAUUGUGCAGGAGAGGAUGGUAGAGCAGGCAAAAACAAGCAAUAAAAUCGAAAGUAUGACGAAAUUAGCAUUUGACUUGACAGCUGACAGGGAAAAACGUGAGGCUGCCAUCAACAAUUUACUGGUAUUAAGCAGGGAAAAUGCAGGAAGUGAUCUAAUGGUUAAACUACCAAUAGUGCAGGAAAUUAAACGAUUGUUAAAAGUGGAGAAAAACCAAGAAAUUUAUGUAACAGGUGUUAGAAUUAUUGGGGAGUUAUGCAAGCACAACAUUGACAAGGCCAAAAAGGUACUCAAUGAAGUAGGAAUACCUUGGUUCCUAGAAAUACUUGACUCAAAAGACGAGAAACGAGUAAACGCGGCGCAAUGGUGCAUGCAAACUAUUCUAAACACAUUUUCUGGCAUGGAGAAUAAGCCAGACACUCGUCCAAAGCAGGAAUUAAUCGACGCCAACAAAAAAACUUUAGAUACUUUACUAUCUUGUUUAGUUUACUCAGUGAACAACCCUGCAAUAAGCGGCUUGGCACGUGACGCAAUCAUCGAAUUGUUGAUGAAAAACAUCCACUAUACGGCCUUAAACUGGGCCGAACACUUGAUAGAAAUCGGCGGGGUGAAACGACUAAUGGAAUGCGCCAGCGAACUGGAGGAGUAUCGUUACGAAAGUGCCAUGAAUAUUACGCCAUCCACUAGGACGAUUGCGGCUGUUUGUUUGUCGAGGAUUUACGAGAACAUGUACUAUGAUCAAGCCAGGGAGAACUUCAUGUCGAAAAUCGAAGAUUUCAUCAAAGAGAAGCUCUUAACUCCGGAUAUUGAAUCCAAGGUGCGUGUAACUGUGGCGAUUACAUCCUUGUUAAGGGGUCCAGUAGAUGUGGGAAACGCAGUAAUUGGCAAGGAGGGCGUGAUUGAAAUGAUCCUGGUGAUGGCCAACACUGACGACGAACUCCAACAGAAAGUCUCCAUUGAAUGCAUAAUUUCGGCCGCCAGCAAAGCCGACAAAGCCAAGGCUAUAAUAACGCAAGGGGUGGAAAUAUUGAAAAAAUUGUACAAGAGCAAAAACGACAACAUAAGAGUCAGGGCUUUAGUGGGUCUGUGCAAACUGGGGGCCUCGGGAGGCAGCGACGCCUCCGUCAAACCGUUCGCCGAGGGCUCUACCUUAAAAUUGGCAGAGGCAUGCAGGCGGUUCCUGUUGCAUCCAGGCAAAGACACUGACAUCAGAAAGUGGGCGGCUGAAGGCCUCAGCUACUUAACCCUGGACGCCGAAGUUAAAGAGAAGCUGAUCGAAGACAAGCCGGCACUCAGGUCCCUCAUCGAACUCGCCAAAACCGGAGACCAAUCCGUGUUAUUUGGCGUCGUCACCACUCUGGUCAACUUAUGUAAUGCCUACGAAAAACAGGAGGUGCUGCCCGAAAUGCUCGAGCUGGCCAAGUUCGCCAAGCAACACAUUCCCGAAGAGCACGAGCUGGACGACCCCGAUUUCGUGCAGAAACGCAUCAUCGCCUUGGGGGAGGAGAACGUCACGACAGCCUUGGUGGCGCUGUCCAAAACUGAAAGCGACAACAGCAAAGAACUGAUGUCCAGGGUGUUCAACUCGUUGUGCAGUGAGCACGAGUUGAGAGGUCGGGUGGUGCAGCAAGGAGGCGUAAAAGUCCUAAUAAAUUUCGCCUUAAAAGGUACAGACAAGGGUAAACGACAGGCCUCGCAGGCGUUGGCAAGGAUCGGCAUUACCAUGAACCCGGAGAUUGCCUUCCCGGGGCAACGAGCCCUCGAGGUGGUCCGUCCACUUCUCUCCCUGUUAAAACAAGAUUGCCCGGCUCUAGAGAACUUCGAGGCCUUGAUGGCUCUGUGCAACCUGGCGCAGAUGAGCGAGAGCGCCCGCCAGAGGAUAUUAAAAGAGGGUGGCUUCAGCAAAAUCGAGUUUUACAUGUACGAGGACCACGAGUACUUGUGCAGGGCGGCCGUGCAAGCCAUGUGCAACAUGUGCAUGUCCGAGGACGCGGUGGCGAUGUUCGAAGGCGAGAACGACCGUGUCAAGUUCAUCGUGGGCCUGUGCCUGGACGAGGACAAAGACACGCAAAUGGCAGCGUCGGGAAUGUUGGCCAUAUUGACCGGCUCCUCGGGUAAAUGUUGCGAAAAGGUUUUCGAGUCGAAAAAUUGGCUGGACACUGCCCACUGUUUGCUGGCGAAUCCCGUUACCAGUGUGCAGUUCAGGGGCGUUUGUAUCGUAUUCAACAUCAUCAAACACUCGAAAGAAUGCACAGAGAAACUGAUGGAGACUGACAUAAUGGAAAUAUUGAUGGCGUUAACGAAACUGACGGACCCGGGUCAGAAACAGAUCGUGGAGGUGGCCCAGGACGCAUUGCAAGAGGCUGAAAAUUGGGGCGUCAUUCAGAGGCCACCAGGCACUUCAACUAAUGACGAUUGAUUUACUUGUUGUUUCUAUUUUGUACUUAAACUAAUUUUUUAUAAUGUAUACAAAUAUUUAUUGCCUAGUUAAGUUUAAAAGUAUUAUAUUUAACAGUGCCUUUUUGUACUUGAAGCAAAGUAAAUUGAAUCGAGAAUAUAUUA